AUGGCGCUGGAAUCGGCCUUGGGCCUUGGACAUCGCUUUCGAGAUCCGCGACGUAUUCUUGUGCGUCUGGGUAUCUUUGUGUCCUUUUCCAUUCUUCUGCUUCUUAUCGCUUGCAGAGGCUGGCCCUCGGAGUGGAUGCGCGUCGAUUGGUCGCAAUUGUCCCAGGCUGAGCUUGACAACAUCACAGCCACGGCAAGGGAAUUUGCCGACCAUGAGAUUAAACCACCAUACAAAGACAAGUUUUGGGAGGUUGGACAACGAUCGAGGCAACUGAGUCAAUGGAUAUCUCAGUCUGACAAGUUGAACCCCAAUUCCUAUGUCGCAAAAGAGCUGCUCGCCACCACCGAGACGACAGCGCAGCAGCUCUUCCCUUUUCUACAGAGGCCGGCGCGCAAUCCUGUGUCAAGAACUCCCUUGUCCGAUCUGCGCAAAUCUUUCGUCAAAAGCUCGCGCGGCAUCGUCAUUCCCGUUGGAGGAGGAGAGCAGUCGAUCCGCUUCGCCGGCCACUUGAUCGUGUCUCUUCGAAAAGUCCUGGGAUGUACCCUACCGAUUCAAAUCGCCUAUGCUGGAGAUGAGGACUUGUCAAAAGAAGAGCGUGGCAAGAUCGCCAGUCUGGAGGGGGCCAUGGAUGUUGAGUUCCUCAAUGUCUUUGACGUUUUCGACGACAAGACGAUGAAGCUCAAGGAUGGCGGAUGGGCUAUCAAGGCCUUCGCCGUGCUUGCAUCGACGUUUGAGCAAGUUAUCCUCUUGGAUGCCGAUGCCGUCUUUCUGCAAAAACCCGAGGCACUUUUCUCUCAAAAACCCUAUGUCAAGAAGGGCGCCUACCUUUUCCACGAUCGCCUACUAUGGCAGCAUGCCUUCCGGCCACGACACGACUGGUGGAAGGACCAAAUCAAGAUCCCUUCACCAGAGAUGAACAACUCCCUAGUCUGGACAGAAGACUACGCCGAGGAGUGUGACUCUGGUGUCGUCGUCGUCAACAAGGCCCGAGUCAAUGUUCUUGUUGGCAUGCUCCACGUGGCAUGGCAGAACACAUACGACGUCCGCGAAGAAGUCACAUAUAAGCUGACCCACGGAGACAAGGAGUCUUGGUGGCUCGGUCUUGAACUCGGUGGCUCAACAUACGAGUUUGAGGAGCACUACGGCUCCAUGAUAGGCUGGGCCGACGACGCCAAUGCGCAGAACGUCACAAAGGUGUGCAGCUUUGUCAUUGCACACACAGACGACAAGGACAAGUUGAUAUGGUACAACGGAAGUUUGUUAAAGAACAAAAAGGUGGACCCCAAGGGAUACGAGGUCCCAGAGUACUGGAUGCUGGAUGGAAAGUGGCACAAGGGUGCUACAAAGGCGGACAUGAGCUGUAUGGAUGGUUCAGAGGCUAUUGAAUUGACUGAUGAGGAGAAGCGCGUGCUCAAGGAGAGCAUUGACGCGGCAAAGAAGGUGGAUGAGGCUUUAAAACUGAAGCUGGACUAG